GUUUAGUCACCGUCCGCGCCUCCGUGCGUGAACACUCGACGAGAAAGGAUUGCGUUUCGCGGCGCGAAGAUCUUGGGAGGAUUGCUGCGAGACGUGGCAUUUCGGUAACGUCGAGACUGAGAUAACAACGAGAUCCGAAAAACGGAGGAUACGCACAAUCGAGACAAACAAGAUACUCCGGGAAGAAUUGACGAAGUUAAUAUCGGAGCGGGUUAAGUCUCGAGCUUAACCUCCGAUGCCGACGAAUAUUAAUUUAUAUAAGUCUCGUGAAUAACAAUUGUGCGUUUAGCAUACGGUGACCAUGGCAUCCGCAUUGAGAGGGGUCAGCGGUAUAUUUCUGCGUUGGAGCAGCGGCUCCCGGGGCUUCGUAAGUGUAUCACGGGUGUGCACAGCUAAUUUCUCUAUCAAAGCUGAUAUCCCAGAAGUGGAGCAAGAGGCUGAGAAGCUGAAAACACCAGUGGGAAACGGUAAAGUGUUCAAAAGUGUGGAGGAAGCUGUGUCCGACGUACAUAAUGGGGCCAAACUUUUGGUCGGUGGAUUUGGUCUCUGUGGCAUUCCCGAGAACUUGAUAGCAGCCCUACUGAAAAGGGGCUCCAAGGAUUUGACAGUGGUUUCGAAUAAUGCUGGGGUGGAAGACUUUGGGCUGGGUAUAUUGCUGAAGGAGCACAGGAUCAAAAGGAUGAUCGCGUCGUAUGUGGGUGAAAACCCUGAAUUCGAGAGGCAGUAUCUCAGCGGUCAGUUGGAGGUCGAGCUGACGCCGCAGGGCACUUUGGCGGAACGUGUGAGAGCGGGUGGCGCCGGCAUUCCGGCCUUCUACACUCCCACGGCUUUCGGCACCAUCGUACAGGAGGGCAACGUUAUCGUGAAGUACGACGAGAACGGCAACGCCGAGAUAUCGGGCGAGCCGAGAAACGUGAGUCAGUUCGACGGACGGAGCUACGUAAUGGAGACCGCCAUCACUGGCGACUUCGCGCUCGUGAAGGCGUGGAAGGCCGACACCGCGGGCAAUCUGAUCUUCCGGAAAUCAGCGAGGAAUUUCAAUCCCGUGAUGUGCAAGGCGGCCAGAGUGGCGAUCGUCGAAGUGGAGGAGAUCGUGGAACUUGGCCAAUUAGAUCCCGACCACAUUCACCUACCCGGCAUUUUCGUGGACAGGAUUGUGAAGGGGCCGUCUUACGAGAAACGAAUUGAGAAACGCUCGACGAAACAAACCAUGAAGCCCAAGAAAGUGACACCGGCUAGUAAAACGAGGGAUAUGAUUAUCAGGCGCGCUGCACUCGAAUUUAAAGAUGGAAUGUAUGCAAAUUUGGGAAUCGGCAUACCUAUGCUUGCCAGCAACUACAUCCCGAAGGGUGUGAAAGUGACGUUGCAAUCAGAGAACGGUAUUCUCGGGUUGGGCCCUGUUCCGGACGAAAAUGACGUCGACGCGGAUCUUAUCAAUGCUGGAAAGGAAACUGUAACAGUCUUGCCCGGCGCCGCUUUCUUCGGUAGCGACGAGAGCUUCGGCAUGAUUCGAGGAGGCCACAUUGAUCUGACUAUUCUCGGAGGCAUGCAAGUAUCGGAGAUCGGAGAUUUGGCUAACUGGAUGAUACCGGGUACAAUGGUAAAGGGCAUGGGUGGUGCCAUGGAUCUUGUUUCCGGGCCAAGCACGAAGGUAGUGAUAACUAUGGAGCAUACAGCCCGAGAUGGGAGUCCGAAAAUUUUGAAGAAUUGCACCUUGCCUGUCACAGGUCAACAAUGCGUAGAUUUAAUUAUCACAGAUCUCGGAGUAUUUGAAGUGAUGAAAGGAGAAGGAUUAAAGCUUAUUGAGAUUGCACAUAAUGUCGAUAUUAGCCAGGUCGUCAGCUCGACGGGCUGUGAAUUCAGUGUUGCCGACGAUCUUAAGGAGAUGGGACAAGUCACAGACGAGGACUUAUAAAUUGUAAUAUAUUUUAUAAAUUACGUAAUAUUACGUAUAUAUAAAUUGUAAAUGUGAUACGCGGAUAUGGUAAUUCGAGAGAUAUCACGAUGAUUGCCUGAAAGUAAAUUUGUAAUAUAUUUUACAAACUAAAGAUGCAAUUUAACAAAUAGUAAAGCCGUUGAUUAUAUUGCAUAAUUAUGUUUCUGUUGAUAUGUCUGUUUUUCGUAUUUUUCAUGUAAUAUAUGUUAUAAUGUUUAAAUUACCAAGUACGCAUUACGAUGCGUGAUUAAAUACCUACAUUAAUUGAAUUAUAUUGUACAAAAUAAUUAAUUCUUUUUUAAAUGUACAUAUAUUCUUAUUUGUUGUAAAUCAUCAAAACGAUUUAUGAUAUGUACUUUGCUAUUGCAAAUAAGCGAAAUCACGUUACAUAAACUAAUUCUAAUUAGCAUUAUGAUAAAGAAAAUUAUUUUAUAACAUAGCUUAUAUCUAAAUAAAAGUUUUUAAUAUUUUUGA